UUUCUUCUUGCUAGCUAUAUUAAUUGCGUAGAUCAUCAGCUAGCAAAUAUUCUGCAAAUUAUAAGCAUCAUCAGCUGGAUAUAUUUUGCUAUAGCAAUAUGGCUUCAACAGAAGCAAUAUGGCUGACGGAGGAUGGCAACAUCAAGGGCAUGAGCAAGGAGAUGAAGCAUGGCCGGACGGCGCACAACAUGUCGUCUUCGUCGCUGCGCAAGAAGUCCGAUAUAGCCCUGGUUUCCAAGGUCCCCUAUGGGCUUGUUAGGCAGUUGCUGGCUAACUUUCAGGAGGUUAUUCUGGGGACGAAGCUCUCUAUUCUCUUUCCCGCCAUUCCACUUGCCAUUGUUGCAGAGCUCUAUGGCUUUGCAAGGCCAUGGGUUUUUGCUUUGAGCUUGCUUGGACUCACCCCAUUGGCGGAACGUGUCAGCUUCCUCACAGAGCAAAUUGCUUACUACACUGGUCCUACAGUGGGAGGGCUUCUGAACGCAACAUGUGGAAAUGCCACAGAGCUUAUAAUAGCAAUACUUGCUCUGAUCCAGCACAAAGUAGAUGUAGUCAAGUACUCUCUCUUGGGCUCCAUUCUCUCCAACCUUCUCUUGGUUCUUGGCACUUCUCUCUUGUGUGGUGGCCUCGCCAACCUUUCCAAUGAACAAAAAUUUGAGAGGAAACAAGCCGAUGUGAAUUCACUCUUGCUGUUGCUGGCACUGCUGUGCCACAUGCUGCCACUGAUGUUCCGAUACGCCGUGAAGUCCGAUGCGGUGGCCGGAAGAGCGACGCUGCAGUUGUCGAGAGCCAGUAGCAUUGUGAUGCUGGUCGCCUACUUCGUGUACAUUGUGUUCCAAUUGUGGACUCACAGGCAGCUGUUUGAGGCACAAGAGGAAGAAGAUGAGAGUGACGAUGUGGUCUCGGAAGAACCACCGGCGAUCGGAUUCUGCAGUGGAUUUGCUUGGCUAGUUGGCAUGACGGCGGUCAUAGCCCUCUUGUCGGAGUACGUGGUGGCGACGAUUGAGGAUGCAUCAGCAACUUGGGGCCUCUCUGUAAGCUUCAUCAGCAUAAUCUUGCUGCCAAUUGUUGGAAAUGCAGCUGAGCAUGCGGGAGCCAUUAUAUUUGCUUUUAAGAACAAGUUGGAUAUAACUUUGGGAGUUGCUCUUGGAUCCGCAACCCAAAUCGCCAUGUUUGUGGUUCCAUUAAGCGUGCUGGUUGCUUGGAUAAUCGGUAUCAGGAUGGACCUUGAUUUCAAUCUCCUUGAGACCAGCUCCCUCGCUCUUGCCAUCAUUGUCACAGCCUUCACUUUACAGGAUGGAACUUCUCAUUACAUGAAAGGAUUAGUUCUUCUGCUCUGCUACGUUGUUAUCGGAGCCUGCUUUUUCGUUUCUCAAACGCCAUUAAACACAGGCCAUUUGGCGCAGUAGGUGGCUGGCUGGCCGUCAAGUGAUGAAGAUGAUGACAAAGGACAGAUUCGAUGCGUUUGUUAAAUUCUUUUAUUCGAAUUGCCCUCCUUCUCUAUCACCCACCAAUACCAUAAGUUGAGCUUCCUUGCUGUCUUCCCUACGUAUAUAGGGAGGCUCUGUGGCUUCAAAACUGAGAUGGGUACCAUUGAAGCUGCAGCCAGUGAUCAUGUGCUGGGCUUUUUUUUUUUUUUUUUUCUUUUUUUUGGUGAUGUCAUUUGCUAAUUUCCUAUGAUUAGCAGAUGUGUUGUCGCAUCAAAAGGGUUGCUUACUGUCUAUGUUUAGCAAUCAAUAAAAUGAAAAUU